GGAACUGAAGACAAUAGAGACAUUUAGCACCGCGUUAUUGGCUUUUACGGCUGACGUAAAACCGCGGUUUGGCGUUUGAGGUUUGCCGUCCGAGGUUUCACCGUUUCAUGUCGUUUAGCAGAGCCGGUUAUCACGUCAAGUAACAGCGUGAGAAAAUUUUUAUUCUCAAAAUGGCGGCCGCUGCAAGGCAGGAUUUUAACGGUAUCCUCACGGUCAUACUCCACGAAGAUACCAGUUCUGACUCAAGCAGUAACGAUGACGACGACCUGGUUUUUGUUGUUGUUGAUGCCAUGUUGCCGCCAACAGGUACACUCGAGUUUCCACGACUGAAUUUGGACGACCUGAGCGACAAUCAGUUGGAAACCAUGUUUAGGUUCCAUGAUAAGAACGACAUGGAACGCCUGGCACAGGCAUUAGAAAUACCAGAUCAUUAUGAAUGCGUGCAAAGAACCACGUGUACCGCAAUGGACGCUCUCGUGAUUCUGCUGAGGAGGCUUGUUUACCCAAAUCGCUCGUGUGACCUUGUUCCGGUGUUUGGAAGGAACGAGUCUCAGCUAAGUCUAAUCUUUAACAAGGCACAUUUUAACUUGAUUAAGGAACCAUGGAGAUGGCUAAGGUGGAAGACUAGAGCUAAAGUCAGUCCAAGCUCCCAAUGGCCUCAUCGCUCACAUGUUUGGCCCCAUAGAGGGAAGAAGGCAUGAUGCCUGUAUGCUUGGGGUCAGU